GAUAGCUUGUUCUCUUGGGAACCUCGAAAUCGCUGAAAUCCUAAUCGCCCAUGGUGCUCUCAUCAUGGCAAAAGAUCACAAGAAACGUACAGCUUUAUCGCAUGCUAUCAUUAACGGACAAGAACAUUGCGCGGCUAUGUUACUGGCAAAAGGAGCUGACUUUCUCAAGGGUGAUUCUUCCAACAACACACCUGCACACUAUGCUGCUGCUUACGGUUGGCUAGAAUGUCUAAAGCUUCUGACUAGUGUUGAUCCGAGCUGCCUCAAGCAAGAGAAUGAUUGGAAGCUAACACCACUAUCCAUUGCUUACCUUAAAGGCCAUUAUGGAAUUGUGCAAUGGCUUCUGGACGAGAUGUCCGAAUAUGUGGAUAUUAAUGGGAAGGAUAUGGAAGGUGUGACGCUGUUGUCAUCAUUACUGCGUUAUACUGACGAAGAUGCGCAAAGCGAACUUCUUGAGCAGAUGCAGUACUUACUGUCCAGAGGUGCUGACUGUUCGAUCGCUGAUAGUUUGGGCAACGAUGUAAUGCAUGUUUUCGCUGGAAUCAAUGUUCGGCUACGAGAUCCCAGUGAAGAUUCGGAAAAGGGAAUGUUAGAAAUGAAUCUGUUUGUGGAGCACGAUGAAUUCCCAUUCUCAAAAAUGGUCUCGAUUUAUCGAUCUGACACAUUCCAAGUUGAUGCUCGUUAUGCGCUUCCGAAUACUGUUCCUCACACAACUUCUGUUGUUGAUUGUUUUCUAAUGUUUGCUGAGUUUGGGUUCAUGGCGUUCAAGAUUAAGGUGCGACUGAAUCCAAAUGGUGUAUUUGCAGUCUGCUCAGCAACCAUGUAUGAUACCCAGAUAGUCGAGGAAGCUCCUGAUCAAGAAGAACAACCAGUGGAACAGGAUAGCACCUCUCAGCCACCAGCUGAGCAACCUGCUGCAGCCCCGGAGCCGGAGCAGCACCACCUCAAGAACAGUGUGGAGGAGUAUGUGUAUGACAUGCGAGACAAACUAUCAGAUUCAUUUGUCACCGAGAAGGAUGCAGAGGCACUUCGUUCACAACUGACUGCAGUCGAGGAUUGGUUAUAUGAUGAAGGCGAAGACGCUGAGAAGCCGGUUUAUGAGCAGCGACUUGCCGAGCUCCAAAAACUUGGUGAUCCUAUAAUUGAACGCUAUAGAGAGUUUGAAGCAAGGAAGCCAGCAUUCGAAGCUUUUGAUAGGUCAAUCAUUCGUGUGCGUAAAGCGUACGAAGACUAUGUGGCUGGUGGUGAAGCACACGCUCACAUUGACAGUGCUGAUAUGGAGAAGGUGAUCAACGCAAUCGAAGAGAAGAAGCGAUGGAUUGAUGAUGCUCGCCAUAGGCAGGAAAAAAGGGCUAAAACUGAGCCGCCAAUCGUGUUUGCAAACGAGAUCGCCCAGAAACAACAAGCUUCUGAAGCCAUUGUAAUGCCAAUUCUCAACAAGAAGAAACCAGCUCCACCACCACAGAACAAGGAAACAAAGAACGAGGCAUCACCUCCACCGAAUGGAACCCCCGGAGAUAAUGCUGCACCACCGCAGCAAGCUGCAGACAACAUGGAAGUUGACUAA